AUGUCGUCGGACGAAGAGAAAAAAGACAUAUCUCCAGGUCAUAGUGAAGUUCGGGCCCACAGACGUGAGUUUUUAUCUUUACUUGUUCGUGAGCUGGUUAAAAAGAUUUAAAAUUUGAAUGGUCAAGGAGAUAAGCGAUUUUUAAGUUUAAUUUCUUCCAAAUGAUUUGUAAAAUUUAAAUCUUUUUUAUUUUUUAUAAGCGAAAACUUUAGUGUCUGCACCAUCGAGCACUGACGAAAAUGAUAAUACUCGACGAACAAACCGUAACGAGCCAACAUCUUCGGCUUCAAAUGGUAAGAAAUUGCUUUAUUUUUUAACUUUACAUUAUUUCUUUUAAUAUUAUUAUGCUUUUCUGUAAUAUAUUAUACUACGAUAACAUGAAUAUUAUCAUAAUUUGUUUAUAGAUAAAAGAGAUUCCAUUCAGAAGUUGGCGACCUUGUUAAAGAACAGGAGUAAGAACAGAAGCAAAAAACAAAGUGUCAGAGCAUCUCCCAGAAGGAAAAGUCCACGUUCACGACGAAGUAAGUAAGAUACAGGUUUAAAAACUACAUUUUCAUAUACAAAUCUAUUGGUUGCAAAGUUUGUAGGUUUAGAAAUACCAGUUCUUGAAGAUUUUACAAUGAAUUUUUGUUUAUUUUUAAAUUAGGUAACAAAAUUUAAGAAAAAAAUUAAAAAUGAUUUUAUAAUUUUCGAUUGCACCUUGUAUUAUAAUUUAUAAAAUCAUAGUUUAUCGCUGAAAACACUUUUGAAAGUCGGAGAACGCUAAAAACAAUAAUUUUUUAUCAUAAGAUAUUUGCACCGUGCGAUCAACUAAAUUAUCCCUUUGCACGGUGCAAAGACAAAAGGAGGUGCAUUGAUCUUUUACCGCCAAAACCAACAUUUUUGGGCUUUCGGUUUUCCCAAAAUUUUCUCGAUUUUCAAUUUUGACGACAAUCAGAACACAAGUUUUGCACGGUGCAAUCGGUUUGGCGAUUAAGGUUAUGCACGGUGCGAGCAGUUUGACGAAAUAACGCGCGUUUUGAGAGACGUGAGCGUUAGAAGUAAACAAAAAAGAGUGUGUGCAAAAAAGAGAGCCGCGAAAAGCGAGCUCGCGCUGUUAAGAGAGUGGUGUGAGUGAGAGAGGAACCGCGAACAGUGAUUGCGCAACUGAAAACAAGAACGAAGAAGCGACUUGCGACAACGAAAGAUUGUGGCGACAUUGAGUGUGAUUACAGAAGGUUAGAGAAAAACAGAAAUGGUUGUUUUGGGGUUUUCAGAGCCAAGAAUUCGCCCAAAAUUCUUCGAUCCGAAAAAGGACUUUUGACGAUUAAAAUUUGGCUUGCACAGUGCAAUCAAGAAAAGUUUGGCCUGCACAGUGCAGUCAAUCAGGGAAUUGAGUGAUAGAGAAAAAUAGAGUCUGACGACUUGAAGAGGCGGGCAGAGUAAAGAAGAAGUUGUCUGCACGGUGCAAUCAAUUAGGGAUUUGAGAGAAAGAGUGCGAUUUGAGGAGACGAGCAGAGUAAUGAAAAAGUAGCCAUGAGCAACGGGCCGGGCCGGGCCCAAUUUUUAAGCCCGGCCCGUUUUUGAUUUUGGUCAGGUCCGGCCUGGCCCGUUUUAAAAAAUUUUAAAAAUUUUAAAACUUAAAAACUAAACGGAAAUUUGGCUUUAAAUUGUUUUUUUAAGUCAUUUAUGGAUCAUAGAAUCCAAUAAAAUCGAAAAACAUAAACGGGAAUUGAAAUAAAAAAUUUUUAAAAAUUAAAAAAAAUUUUUUUUGGGCUUGGCCCGAGGGCCGGGCCUAGAUUUCAAGCCCGCCCGUUUUCGAUUUUGCUCAGGCCCGGCCCGUUGCUCAUGUCUAUGAAAAAGGUAUUUGCACGGUGCAAUGAAAAUUUAAAAUAGAGUUUUUGGCUGAUUUUUUUGAAGGUUAAACUGGCUAAGGUCAGUGUUUUGUCUGGACCGGUCCGGAGCGUUUUUCACCGGUCCGAUCGGGCGAUUUUUGGGGCCGGUCCGGUCCAAACUUUGAAUUUUUGGGUCCGGUCCGGUCCGCAAAAAUUUUUGUUUCAGUCCGUCCGGACAGGACCAGUCCGCGGACCGGGCCGGUCCGGAAAAACACUGCCUAAGGUAGAUUAUCGUGUACAGUGGAACUCCCGUACAACAAACUCGCAUAACAAGUGUACUAUAACGAACAAUCUUUAGUUCCGCGGCCAACACUAAACAAUGCAUUUAAACACCUGUAUAACGAACGAAGUGAAAAUUUUAUUGAUAAGAAUUUUACAUACUGUGUUUUGCACAGUGCAUUUAAAUUUUAAAAAUCUACUUUUAAAAAUUCUUUUCAGAUAUUUCUAGUUCUAUGUCCUCAAGACUCAUUUUCAAACUGAUCAAAAUUCGCAAGAAGUCAUCAGUAAGAGUAAGUCAAAAACUUUUAAUUUAAAAUUCUGUUAAAACGAAACAAAAAUUUUUAAAAUUAAAAAUUCCUUUAAAAAUGUUUUUACUUAAAAAGUAAAAUUUUUUUGAAAUUUGAAAUCAAAUUUUUUUGAUUGCGCAAUCAUGAUUGGGUCAAAAAUUGAAAAAAGUACGGUGUCUACCGCUUUACAAUUUCAAUUUUAGCCGCUACGUCAAAAAGUGUCGUGUGUAUUUCCAGUCCAAGAUGAAAUGCCCAAAAUGUUACCGAAUCGUAAGAAAUGGAAUCAGGUGAGGUUUUCAAAAAACUACAGUAAGAAAAAAUUGUGUUCCAAAGAUUAUCUACAAAAACAGGAAACCUUUCACAUUUGAAAUUUUAUGGUUCAAAAUCAAGGUUUUUUCAGUUAGAAUUAUAUUUUUUAAUUUAAAAAAUUAGUCUUUAUCAUAUAUUUAUAUUAAAAUUCAUGGUCAUUUAAAAUUUCAGAAAAACGUCUCCUACCAAUACGACCAAAGGAAAGCCGCAGCCGAAAUGCACCGUCAGUUGAUGCGAAAACAAAAAUAUGUGCGAUGUUGUCGCCAUUGGACGGCUGUUCUCUUUCUGUUUGGUGUAAUCGCGAACGUGAUUGGCUACGCCGUUCUCAAUGUCACCCAUCUGAUUUUGGGAACGGAACGGCAUGAACGUGAAGGCCUGGAUCAACCAUGGAUUUGGCCAAAAGGAUUUAAUAAUUGGGGCGAUAGUUACAUGUUUAGGAAUGUAAGUUUUUUUUGAAGGUUUUUACAUCAUUAUAAUAUAUUAUACUGUUCUAUCCCAAACCUACGAGUUAUGAUAGAGGCUGUUUCCUCAGGAAUACAGUUAAAUUGGACCUUUUUUUAAAUAUUCUUUAGCGUACCUACGUCACUGACAUCUUACAAUGCACACGACCAGAUAACAUAUCAAUUGGCACGGCCGUGGAUUGGAUUAAUGAUUCAAAUUCAAGCAAAUACAUAUUCCGGAAUUUAACAGAAGGCAUAAUAUACCGUUUUGAGAACAUUGAUGACUUUACUAAACUUGUCGAUGGAAAUUAA